AUUGGCCGAACAGCGAAAGCAGUGCUAUGAUUGGUCGCGUUAUCAGGCACACCGGAGCGGGAUGAACGACACACUUCUGUUUUGUCAACUUUAGUUUUGUGUUGUUUAUGUGCUGUUGUACCAUAUUAUACAGCAUUUCACAGUUUAAUUCAUGGGCGCCGUGUAAAGGAGUUCUAUUUAAGACACUCUCUAUGUCUUUUUAAUCAAUAAAUUCAAAUAUUGUUUUGACUGAAUGAGGUUUUGUAGCUUAGCAGGCUAACUCCCCAUUGGAAAUCACGGCUAGUUUUCGCUAGCUUAGCUGACAGCAGCGACAGCCAGAGAACCCAGAGGCAAGGUAACACAGUAAAGUCAGAAGAAACGUCAUGAACUGUCCCCCAACAAAGCGCCUCCGUGGCCUGAACAAGGAUGUAGUGACAGCAGUGGCUUUUGAUGACCCUUUUGGAGAUGAUGAAGAAUUCACCCAGGAAGUUUUAGAUGAAAUCGAUGAUAUCGCCUCGCAAGCCAUCACGUCGGCUUCGGAAGGGGUAGAGCCAGGGACAGGAUCCAAACCGAAUGAGCCAGCCCGCGGGUCAUCCUGGCCAUCCUCCUUUGGGCAGAACAAACCUGUGAACAAAACCACAUCUAAUCAUAGCAGAGAAAAUGCAUUUUCCUUAAACAGUAGCAACAGAGAGAAUGCGGGGAUACCAAGUAGAGAACCAUUGGGUAACAGGCAGCAGCAGUUUGGGUCAGACAGAGAGGACUCCUACGGUCUCCUGGAGGCUCAGCAUGCAGAGCUGAAGAGGAAGCUGAAGGAGGUGGAAGAGGAGAUUGUGUUGAAGAGCGGGGAGAUCCGGGUCCUGAGGGACUCUCUGAAAGCAGCUCAGCAGGAGAAGGAGGCUCAGAGACAGAAUCAGAUCCUACUGGACACUCAGAGACAGAAAGAGUAUAAUGACAGGGAAAAGGAGCUUAACAGGAAGGUUCAGUCUCUGCAGUCUGAACUGCAGUUUAAAGAAGCAGAGAUCAAUGAGAUGAAGACCAAACUGCACACUUCAGACAAAAACAAAACAGCCUCUCCGCUGCCUAGGAACAGUCCUAAAAUCCUGAAUCAUGGAAGCAGCAGCUCAUCCUCUCCGAUAGGAAAUGGUUUCAUCACCAAGGAGAUGUUUGGAGGCCAGGUAUCAUCCAGAACGACACCAGUGAAAACCCAUUUAAAGGCACGGAGAGAUGCAGAGAGAGGAGCGUCCAGCAGCAAAUCUAGUGAUGUGUCUCGACCAGACCCCUUCCUGUCUGUCAGACCGUCUCAUCUGCAGCACAGAGGUGGCAUCCUGCUGGGGUUAUUGCUGCAGCAGCCUCUUUCUCCCAGCAGCCUCGGGCUCGCUCAUUUGCUGUCUAUGAGUCUGACUGACAUUCACCUUACAUCCAGUCGGCUGUCAGCAGGUUUUCUGCUCAACUCUGAUGCUGCAGCUGGUGUCAGUGGAGGUGGAGCUCCCAGAGCUGCUCUUAAUCCUGUCCAGAGUCUGGCUGUAACUGGACUCAACAUGCUGAGUCAGAGCCAACCAGCAUCUGCAGCCAGCAGCAAAAACAGGUCGUGUCCUGGAGCUGUCCUCCUCCUCUCUCUGUUGGACCUUCACCUGUCUCAACUAUGCCAGUCUUUGGACUCGCUCCGCUCCUCCUCCGCUAGCAGCAGUGGUUUAGACUCUUCAGCUGCCAAUACACUUCCAGCAGGCCGCACUGCUGCAGCUUCUGCUGGGCUGGGAAGACUGGAGGAGGCUCGUUUAUGUGGGUUUAACGUGGAGGACGUUGGCCUAGCUGCUCUGAGACUCCUUUGUCUCCUGCUGGUCCACAGUGAUGAGGUGGUGGAGGCUGUGUUGUCAAAGGAGAGUCAGAGCAGAGCCAUCGACCAUAAGGCUGAUGGAAUGGACCUCUGCUCUCAGAACACUUUGUUACAGUCACUGCUGCGGUUGUGUGAUCCGUGGCCUGGUGGAAGCAGCCCACAGAGGGAGGCGAUUUCCCUCAAUGCCAUGAAGACUCUUUGUGUCUUAAUUGAGAGAACGCCAGACAAACAUGUUGACAGGUUAGAGUGUGUGAUGCCGCUGGUGUGUACGUGUGUGUCAGUGGACAGCAGGUUCCAGACAGUUUCACAGUGUGUGUCCAUCCUCACAUCGAUGUCUGACCACGAAGCACUGGCGAAGCAGCUAUGCUCUCAGCAUGAUCCCUGUGUUUUCCUGAAGUUGUUUCAGUUCAUCAGGACAAGACCAGACAACCACACAGCACACACAAACUGGAUUCAGCUAGACCUUCAGGUGGUUCGUUUGUUGAGCAGACUGAUGACUCAGAGAUCAGAGAGCUGGGCUACCAACCAGCGGAGCAGCUGUCAGUGUUAUACUGAGCUGGUUCAGACAGCAGUGAUUGUUUUCCAUCGUCAGUGGUUAGAUCUGCGUGGUUCUCAGGAGCAAACAGACUCAACAGGGCUUGCCUCACCUCUGCAGCCAUGCUGUAGCUCCUCUUUGCCAUGGAGGCACAGCUCAGCGGCAUCUCUGCUCAGAGAGUGUGUGCUGCUGUUGCAUUGGUUGCUACUGCAUCACGGCAGCUUCUCCGAGAGCUGCAGGCCACUACUGCACAUGUACGACCAGGUGAUCCCUGCUGUACGAGACACACUGAGGAAGAUCCCGGACCUGACCGAGAGCGAGGAGUUGGCAUUGGACGAGAUCUGCCGCUCAGAGGGGGAUGAAGCUGAUGACAUGGACACUGACGCCGGCUCCUAAUUGGCUGCUCUCGCUGACCUCUUGAUUUAGUGACGCAUGCCAACAUGAGGGACAGUUUACUAACUGCUGAUGCAAUAUGUUUUAGACUGGAACGAGAACAGAGCAGCCUGUGUUUCUUAUCAGACUUCUAAGUGAAGUGAAGGUUUCACAGAAAUGGAAUAGAGGUGAGUCAGAAGUCUGACUGAAGUAAUGAACACAGAGUGUUUACUCUGCUUUCAGAUGGGAUUUCAUAAUAAAACAUGAAGGUGAGGGGGGGAAAAUCUCCUGUCAGUAUUUAUGUUUACUUGUAAUCUUUCUUUUCUUUCUCUUCUCCUACUUUCUUUGUUAAAGUCAAGGCUACUCUUUUAUUUUUCUGUGCUUUCAACUUUUGUUUUUUGUUUUUUGUGAGGUACACUGACUAAUAUGUAGCCGGGUAUUGCCCCACAAUUGUCAAAUAUCAGUACAACUACUGAUAUUUUUAAAAAAGGGUGGAAUUUCUUAACUGCUGUAUAAUUUAUAAUACUAUGAAACAGUUCCAGUUAUACUCAGACUACUCUUACUGCAACACUCCAGUUCUUUAUUACUUUGGGGGGGAAAAGAAAUGGAGAAACUGGAUGAUUAGCAGAUGAUACUCUGCACCACUUUUGGAAAUUUCAUCAGUUUUUCCCAAGACCAUCUCUGAAUAUGGAGCUACCCUAAACUUUGCACUUGCACAGACAGGUCAACAGACCUUGUCUCUCUUUCUAGCACCUCUAAGGGCCAUUCAGUUGUUUGCACAGUUAUAUACAAACAUGUAUUAUUUUUAUUAUUAUGUUUAAAAAUUACGGGUGUAAAACUGAAAGCCAAUGAUACCAAAAUGCUGGUACAGGUACACUGCAGCUCGAACUUGAAAAAAUGUUGUCUUAAGAUAAUACUGGGAUUGCGUGUACGUGUAAAAGAGACCAUAUGCAUGCAGGCUCAGAAGUUUAUUUAAUUAAAAUUCAACAAAAAGAAACUUUGACACCAAAACAUUUUUCAAAACCUUUAUUUUUCUCUUCAACUAUAAGUUGGACCAGAAUCAUACAGCAUACCAGGAAGCAGCUUAUUGUCUGAAUUGAGGUUUGUUUGUAAUUAUUAUCGUCCUCAAUGGACACGCAAGACCAGUAAGUGAGGAUUAAUCGUAUUCCAUUAUCUCAAGAUCAUCACUUCAUUAUCUUCUUAAUGAGUCAACAAAUGUUGCUUCUCCUUUA